AUGCAGCAACCGAAACAAAGUGAAGGGCUGGAGAACACAGGUGUUCCCUACAGAGGACGCCUGCAGAAGUUUGUCCCCACGUAUGCCACCAGGCUGCUAGCAGAAAUGGAAAGAGGAUUAUCUCGAAAACAUAUAAUUGAAGGUUUAAGAGCAUCACUAGGCAGACUGCAGCUGGAGUAUAUAGAUGUGGUUUUUGCGAAUCGACCAGAUCCUAAUACACCUAUAGAAGAGACGGUGAGGGCGAUGACACAUGUGAUCAACCAAGGGAUGGCCAUGUACUGGGGUACAUCACGGUGGACCUCCAUGGAGAUCAUGGAGGCCUACUCUGUGGCACGACAGUUCAACCAGAUCCCACCUAUAUGUGAACAGGCAGAGUAUCACAUGUUCCAAAGGGAAAAGGUUGAAGUGCAGCUUCCUGAACUCUUCCACAAGAUUGGUGUUGGAGCUAUGACGUGGUCUCCACUGGCCUGUGGGAUCAUCUCAGGGAAAUAUACCAGUGGGAUCCCCCCUUAUUCACGGGCUUCGCUUAAGGGCUACCAGUGGAUGAAGGACAAGAUCCUGAGUGAGGAGGGCCACCGUCAGCAAGUGAAGUUAAAAGAGCUGCAGGCGGUUGCUGAGCGACUGGGCUGCACUCUGCCACAGCUGGCAAUCGCCUGGUGUCUGAGGAGCGAAAGGGUGAACUCUGUCCUCCUGGGAGCGUCCAAAACUGAGCAGCUGAUGGAGAAUAUCAGAGCAAUUCAGAUUCUUCCAAAGCUAUCCCUGUCCAUUGUAUCCGAGGUAAACGGCAUCUUGGGAAACAGGCCGUACAGUAAAAAGGACUUCAGAUCUUAG